CGCCCAGGUCGCGAGGCGCCCUUCGACCAGCAGCGCCCGGGGCGGGCGGGUAUAAAUGGAGCGGUGGCUCCCCCGGCCGCCUCUCUCCGCCCCGGGUCGCCGCAGCCUCUGCCGCUUUCGGGCCUAGCAGCCUGAAGAAAAAAAAAAAGAGAAAAAGAUAAAAAAAAACCCGAAAACGCUUUAAAAUCUUAAAAAAAAAGAAAGAAAGAAAGAAAGAAAAAAAGAGCGAAUCCUCCUCGGAGAACCCGCGGGGAAGUCACUUUUGCACGCUUCCGGCCUGCCCGACGCCGCCGCCGCCGCCGCCGCCGCACCUGGGCGUCCGUCGGUCCCCGUCCGUCGGUCCGGUGGUGAGCCGCUCGCGCGCCCGCGUCCACGCGCCUCCGCCCGCCGCCCGGCCGCGCCGCGUGGCAACCCCGCGCCCGCCGCCCUCGCCCCCCGCGCGCCGGCCUCCGCGCUCCACGUGUCCGCGCUGCCCUUCGCCGGCCCGGCGUGGGAGGCGGCUGCGCGCUCCGGCCGCCCGGGGGUUGCCGAGUCGGCACCGACAAAUAUUUGGUUUCCCUCUUCCCCGGGCUGCUGUAAUCUUAAACCGCCGGGAGCCCGAGGCCUAUAUUUAUAGAGAAACGCACGUUCCGGAGGCCGCCGUGGGCACCACUGGGUUGCCUCGGGAAGAAUUUUUGUAAUUUGGAGGACAGUCCCCGUUUCCAUUGUUUUCAUUUUUUUGAAAUUGGGAGCUUCCAGACCAGGACAGCUGAAAAUUAACAAACUCCCAGGGAGGGAGGGCCAUAUUGUUUUUGAGAGCCUUUUGUCUGCGGUUGGGCAGUCUCGUCCGAGUCGUCCCCGCACUCCUCUCCGGCCCUCGGAGCCGACUCCAGCUUCUCUGAGCUUCGCUGCCACCUGUGGGCCGCGGCUCGGAGCGGAGCCCCCUUUGUCCUGUGUGGCCCCCCCUAAGAAGUCCUCCUGGCGGGGCUCGGGGUGCUGGGGGCUGGGGAGAUGAACGCUGCGGCCAGCAGCUACCCCAUGGCCUCCCUGUACGUGGGUGACCUGCACUCGGACGUCACCGAGGCCAUGCUGUACGAAAAGUUCAGUCCUGCGGGGCCUGUGCUGUCCAUCCGGGUCUGCCGCGACAUGAUCACCCGCCGCUCCCUGGGUUAUGCCUACGUCAACUUUCAGCAGCCGGCUGACGCUGAGCGGGCCUUGGAUACCAUGAACUUUGAUGUGAUUAAGGGAAAGCCAAUCCGUAUCAUGUGGUCUCAGAGGGAUCCCUCUUUGAGAAAAUCUGGUGUGGGAAAUGUCUUCAUCAAGAACCUGGACAAAUCUAUAGAUAACAAGGCACUUUAUGAUACUUUUUCUGCUUUUGGAAACAUUCUGUCCUGCAAGGUGGUGUGUGAUGAGAACGGCUCUAAGGGUUAUGCCUUUGUCCACUUCGAGACCCAGGAGGCUGCCGACAAGGCCAUCGAGAAGAUGAAUGGCAUGCUCCUCAAUGACCGCAAAGUGUUUGUGGGCAGAUUCAAGUCUCGAAAAGAGCGGGAAGCUGAGCUUGGAGCCAAAGCUAAGGAAUUCACCAAUGUUUAUAUCAAAAACUUUGGGGAAGAGGUGGAUGAUGAGAGUCUGAAAGACCUAUUCAGCCAGUUUGGUAAGACUCUAAGUGUCAAGGUGAUGAGAGAUCCCAGUGGGAAAUCCAAAGGCUUUGGCUUUGUGAGUUACGAAAAACACGAGGAUGCCAAUAAGGCCGUGGAGGAGAUGAAUGGAAAAGAAAUCAGCGGGAAAGUCAUUUUCGUCGGCCGUGCACAGAAGAAAGUGGAACGGCAGGCCGAGUUAAAGCGAAAAUUUGAACAGCUGAAACAGGAGAGAAUUAGUCGGUAUCAGGGGGUGAACCUCUACAUUAAGAACUUGGAUGACACCAUUGAUGAUGAGAAGUUAAGGAAAGAGUUUUCUCCUUUUGGAUCAAUCACCAGUGCUAAGGUGAUGCUGGAGGAUGGGAGAAGCAAAGGGUUUGGCUUUGUCUGCUUCUCAUCCCCUGAAGAGGCAACCAAAGCAGUCACGGAGAUGAACGGACGCAUCGUGGGCUCCAAGCCACUGUAUGUCGCUCUGGCCCAGAGAAAGGAAGAGAGAAAGGCUCACCUGACCAACCAGUAUAUGCAGCGGGUGGCCGGGAUGAGAGCGCUUCCCGCCAAUGCCAUCUUAAAUCAGUUCCAGCCUGCAGCUGGGGGCUACUUUGUGCCAGCAGUUCCACAGGCUCAGGGAAGACCUCCAUAUUACACACCUAACCAGUUAGCACAGAUGAGGCCUAAUCCACGCUGGCAGCAAGGUGGGAGACCUCAAGGCUUCCAAGGAAUGCCAAGUGCUAUACGCCAGUCUGGGCCUCGUCCAGCUCUUCGCCAUCUGGCUCCAACUGGUAAUGCUCCGGCCUCUCGUGGCCUCCCUACUACCGCUCAGAGAGUCGGGUCUGAGUGCCCGGACCGCUUGGCUAUGGACUUUGGUGGGGCUGGUGCCGCCCAGCAAGGGCUGACUGACAGCUGCCAGUCUGGAGGUGUUCCCACAGCUGUGCAGAACCUAGCGCCUCGUGCCGCUGUCGCUGCCGCUGCUCCUCGGGCUGUUGCACCUUACAAAUAUGCCUCCAGUGUCCGCAGCCCUCACCCCGCCAUCCAGCCCCUGCAGGCACCCCAGCCUGCGGUCCACGUGCAGGGGCAGGAGCCCCUGACCGCCUCCAUGCUGGCCGCAGCACCCCCCCAGGAACAGAAACAGAUGCUGGGUGAACGUUUGUUCCCGCUCAUCCAGACGAUGCACUCAAACCUGGCUGGGAAGAUUACGGGGAUGCUGCUGGAGAUUGACAACUCGGAGCUGCUGCACAUGCUGGAGUCCCCCGAGUCUCUCCGCUCCAAGGUGGAUGAAGCUGUGGCGGUCCUACAGGCUCAUCAUGCCAAGAAAGAAGCUGCCCAGAAGGAUUCAAAAGCCAAAUAAACCCUCAUGGAAUUCAGCUCAAGGUUUGAAGACGUCCUAGCUUGUCCUAUGGACCUCAACACCAAGAACCACAAAUUGCAAAUUUAAUAGGUCAUUUUGUAUCAAAAGGUCAAUUAUGAAGCACCUAGAAUUUUUCAAUUAAAAGAAUAUAUUCUCUGGGUUCUGAUAUGGCCCAAACAGUGUUAACUUUUGUUUUUCUAUUGUGAGUUUUGACUUUUUCCCCCCAGAAACUGGUUUUAUUUGAUGUACCCAAGUCUUAAGU